GGCUCUAUUUAGAUGCUGCUAAUUUGGGCAAUCUCUCUGCUGUUGGGCACAGUGGCAGGAGAUGAAGUUUGCUAUCCAAGAGUUGGAUGCUUUACAGAUGAUAAACCAUGGGGUGGCAUUGUACAAAGACCCUUUAAAGUGCUCCCCUGGUCUCCACAAGACAUCAACACCCGUUUUCUUCUGUAUACCAAUGAAAGCCCAAACAAGUAUCAAGAAAUUCUUCCAGACAAUUUAGUAUCUGUCAAAAGCUCUAAUUUCAACAAGAAUAGAAAAACUCGAUUUGUUGUUCAUGGCUUCAUAGACAAAGGUGAAGAAGACUGGUUGACAAGCGUAUGCAAGAAUUUGUUUAAAGUGGAAGAGGUAAACUGCAUCUGUGUGGACUGGAAAAAGGGUUCACGGACUUUAUAUGCCCAAGCCUCACAAAAUAUUCGAGUAGUGGGGGCUGAAAUAGCCUAUUUUGUGAAUUAUCUGAAGACCGAACUUGGAUACUCUCUUUCCAAUGUCCACAUCAUUGGUCACAGUCUGGGAUCGCAUGUUGCUGGAGAGGCUGGGAGAAGGUCAAAUGGUCUCAUUGGACGAAUCACAGGAUUGGAUCCUGCUGAGCCUUACUUUGAAGGGGCCCCAGAAGAAGUUCGAUUGGAUCCCAGUGAUGCUUUGUUUGUUGAUGUCGUUCACACAGAUGCUGCUCCUAUCAUCCCUAACAUAGGUUUUGGAACGAGUCAAAUUGUGGGACACCUCGAUUUCUUCCCAAAUGGAGGAGAAGAAAUGCCCGGAUGUCAGAAGAAUAUCCUUUCUCAGAUUGUAGAUAUAAAUGGAAUCUGGCAAGGAACUCGUGAUUUUGCAGCAUGUAAUCACCUGCGAAGUUACAAGUAUUAUACAGAUAGCAUCCUCAACCCAGACGGCUUUUCUGGAUACCCCUGUGCUUCCUACAAGGAUUUUGAGGCAAAUAAGUGCUUCCCUUGUCCAUCUGGAGGGUGUCCACAGAUGGGCCACUAUGCUGACAGAUUUGCUGGUAAAACGAGCUCAGUGGGAAAGGUCUUAUAUCUGAAUACUGGAGAGGCCAGUAAUUUUGCUCGUUGGAGGUAUAAAGUAACUGUCACAUUGUCUGGAACCAAGGUUACUGGAACAGUAGUAGUUUCUUUGUUUGGAAGUAAUGGAAACAGCAGGCAAUAUGAAAUUUAUAAGGGGAGCCUAAAACCAGGUUCUACACAUACUAAUGAGAUUGAUUCAGAUUUCAAUGUUGGAACAGUUCAAAGAGUUAAAUUUCUUUGGGACAACAAUGUGAUCAAUCCAACCCUGCCCAAAGUAGGAGCAUCGACGAUCACUGUAGAAACUUCUGAUGGACAAAAGUACAAUUUCUGUAGCAAAGAAACUGUAAGAGAAGAUGUUCUGCUAACUCUCAAUGCUUGCUAA